UAUACCUAUAACUACCUCAUAUACAAACGCCUACAUGCAUGUACCUUAGGUUAGGUAGGUACCUUGUAUGUAUGUGUGCUUUCCGCGUGCCGCGUAAAGCUUGGAAUAUAAGCAGGCAGUCAUCAGUCGGAAUAUCAAAGGAGGCGACCGCAGCCUUAUACUAUGUAUUUAGGCAGUCUUUUUUAUUUUAUUUUAUUUACCUCUCAAUAUCUUUUUCUUACAGACCUCCAGACUUCUAGAUAAGUCAUCGACAUAAACUUCCUUUAAAAUUUCUUACUUUCUUUUGCUUCGUAUCAUCAUAUGAAAACAUUGCAUCCCAUCCCUCCUACUCUAACCUGUAUUAUUAUUAAAGUUAGCUUAGAACCCUUGCUCCCGGAGCGACAUCAUGCUGCCGCAGCAGCCAGAUCAGCACGAAACAGAGUUCCAGGAACCUAACCCAUUAAUGGAUCUGACUCCUGUACCUCGAGGCUCCCUGAUCGAUGCCGCGAUCGAUCAGUUGCUAAAGGACCAACCUAGUAAAGAUGACACUGACUACCUCUCAAAGUCCCGGGAGAAGUCAGAUCUCACUAGACUCCUACACGUUCAUGUCGAAUGUGCCUCCGGUGAUACUUUGGUUAUCGUUGAUUUCCCUUCGGGCUACCUGAGUUGUGGUAGGGAAGAGUGGACCCAAAAGCGCUUCCUCGUCCAUUCGGAGAAGCUUCUUGCUACUGGUUCCAAAGUCUUCGCAAAUUUACUGUCACCAGCGAAACAGGCUCGCCUCCUAAAGCGUGUGAGACUUACUGGUGAAACGGCCUUGCCCAAGUUCGUUAUCGAUCUCACCCCUUCGUUUGAGGGAGACGAUCUAGCCGCCCAGUUGAUGGAGCUGUCUCUCCCGCCCGGAGUAACGGACUGGUGGAUGUCAAAGGAGAGACUUGAUAUAUCACAGUAUUUAGUUUCCGGCCACGACGACCACUGUCCUUGUCACGACGAAGUUGCCUUGGACUGCAGGAAAAAGUCCACCUACACCCAACCAGAAAGACCUAGAAUAUUUCUUCCAGACAUUGAUCUCGACGACAUCGAACCCUCGGAGUCGAGAGCUAUCGAUGAUUAUUGUCCUAUCCGCCACCGCGUAAAUAUAAUCCGUCUCCUUUUAGCCAUAGAAGGUUUUGACCUAGUCUUGAACUCGGCACCACGGGUCUACACGCUCACAGUUAUCGCCAACAUAUUAGAUUGUACAAGUGUUAUCAGAGACUCCGUGUAUAUGUGGCUUUUAACAGAGCCCAACUCCGAGUUUAUCGACAUAAAUACCGAAAUCGCGUUUAAGAUUGCGUGGACCUUGAAGAUAGAUAGUAUUACCAAAGCCGCCUUUCGCAUCCUUGUCGUCGAGAGAGCCUUGGACACUUUAGCUACUCAACCUCGCGCACAAGAGGAUCGGUAUACAGUUUUCGGCCGCCCUCGUGUAGAUUUGCCCGACGAUCUGCAGACUAUUGUUCAGUAUGCGGCGCAAAAGCUCGCCGAUCGCGUCCACCAGACGCUUGCAAAGUUGAAAUCGGAUCAGUUCUACAAUACGUUUAAAAUUUCGGAAUACCAAAAGUUCAUGGAGGCCGGCGGCGUCAUCCGCGCGGCUCUUUCUAAUACCGACCCAAGCCCAGAUAACAGCCUCCCCACCUCCGAACCGGAUGGUAUACGUGAUCAACUGCUAACCGAACUAUUAGAUUCUUUCUUAACCCUUUUCACAAGCUUACAGGAGUACAAGGAUUUGGUCUUGGAGCGUGCGAUGUGCGCCAUAACUGGGUAUCACCAUGAUAACGACUACGAUCGCGACCGGCAAUGUUACGUCGAGGGAUCGAGGCGGACUGCCGGUUACCGCAUUACCGAGAAGUUUUCCGAAGCUCAACAUCUUCUGACUCCGUGGUUCUGGGAACACCUGGCUUCGUACGCUGCGGACAAGGAGGGCCAGUGCUAUCCCGAUCGCUUCUUGGCCCAAUACGUGAGCGACUUCAACAACAACGGAGUCAAGGCGACGUCGUAUUUGUACAAGAGCGGGAGCCGCGAAAAUUUCCGUCUCGAGGAGUUUCGCGCCGAGCUCCACCAGGCCUUGGUGGGUCUGUGGUCUUCCUGGACGAAGCGCGAGUUCGAGGUCCCGCUCACAAGAACGGGGCACAUCGUCCUGGGGCUGACCGAGGAUGAGCUGCAGUAUCUGCCACUGUGGGCCGGCGGGCUGAACGACGGCAGCGGUGGCGUCUUCCAAUCUGCGGUUCCGGACGCCGAUCUGGGCCCUAUUGGCCCCGGACCCGCUUAUCGCACGGGCGACACCGUGGCGACGGACGUCUCGAGCAUCUGCCAGUCUGACAAGACGCCUAGCGAUGUCAGCACGGCUACCUUAACUGCUGGGCGCUCUGUAAAUGCCGUGCCGUCGAAUAUUGGCCCGAGCAGCACUGUCCUCGACGACAACGACGGCGUAUCCGUAUCCGUAUCAGACCCGUUUGGCGCUGGCAGCCGAAACGUGUUCACGCCCCCUUCGGCAGGCACCUCGGCUUCGUCGGCUACUAUGGAUAGAGAUGAUAGUGAUGGGUAUGAGUCUGUUGGUAGCGAUGAGGUUGACGAGGAGGAGGUUUGGUCUCAGGUGGGAGAGCCUUUGACGUAGUAAUACAUACCUGAGGUAUCUGUGCAUGUUUGAGGGAUCAGAGGCAAUGGAGUAAAUUAUCCAGGGUACAUAAUCUGAAUAUAUGAGGUGGUGAGGUUCUGGAAAAUACAUAAGCAGAGGUGCCGGAUUAGCUUGGAUUCAUCGCAUUUGGAAAGGUUCAGUUACAAUGAAGUGGAUUAGAGUGACCUUGCGUACCUACCGUGUACGGCGUGAGGCAAUUCCACUUAGGUACCUCUCUAGGUACCUAUCUCAUCAGUCACGAUAUCUAGAUCAAGUCAAAUAAAUAAUGCCAAAAAAGAUAUUGGCAAGAUUAG